AUGAGGACUAACAGGGUUGAGCGGAAGAAGGAGUUGGAGUGCGCCAUCGCCCUCCGGCAAAAGGAGGUGACGGAAUUGCGGCAGCGCAAGGCUGAACUUGAGGAAGAGUUGUGCAUGUCCUCUGGAGCGCUAACCACCGGCAAUCUUUCUGCGGCCUUUCCUGUUCUUGAUUACUGCGGCACCCGACCCCGGAAGGACGUGCGGCAGCUCCCCAUCGAGCAUGUUGGAACAGUUCUGACCCAGUUCGAUAUCGCCGCCAAGGCAGUCACGCAACAGAACCAGGCUCUGAAGAAGCGGGUGAAUGAGCUCAACCGCCACAUAAAAACGGAGGGGCAGCGCUUCGCAAAGGUGAAACAGGAGACUAAGUUGCUCGUUGACGCCACUGGCGCACAAGUCACAGCCCCAGGAGAGGCAAACGGAUACAAACCGGCGCUUCACCAACAUGAAACGGAAGCCACCCCUCGUGAAUUGGAGACGAGGAAGGCUAUCAUUGAAAAGGAGAUUGGAGCAGGACGUUUACUAGUCAAAAAGAAGGAACAGGCACUUAUUGACUUGUCGGAAUUGCUUCAGAGCCGGCGGGAGCUUUACGAUGAAGUGAAUGCCUUGAACAACGACAUCCGGGUUGUAGACCGUGAUGUGAAGUGUGAAAAAGAGACAUUACAGGAGCUGAUUGCCGAACAUGACAGUGUCGACGCGAAACUGAAUGCUGCAGUGGAGGUAAACGCAUCCACCUCGCGUCUAUUAAUUCAACAAGGCAUUGCAGAUAUCAAGGAUGAGAUCGAGGAAACGGUAAAGGGGACACGUCGUGGGCAGGAGCGAGUGAUCAAAGCACAGGACUACCGUAUCGAACAGCUCGAGCGUCGCCUUGAAUGCAUUCAAAAAGCGCUACAGAACAACCAUCUUAUGCGUGAGGUGGAUACGAUUCUUUCCCAAAACUGGGCGUCAAGGGGUGAACUUAUAUCUGUCGGUGAUGAAGCUGAUAUGUACGAUUUAGAGACGAUCAUCCCGGCACAGGAAAAGUGCCAUCCCGCCAUCUACAACCUGUUCCUUACGGAGAAAGAGAGGCUGUCACGCCGUAUGAGCCAACUGAAGAUAAUCAUAAAAGAAAAGGAUGAGGUUGUUGACGCCCUCGCCUGCAAGGCGGAGGCCCUAUCGAGGGAGUGCCAGCGGGCCAUUCAGGAACUUGAUCAGGCUGCCUCAGGCGCCGCAUACGAAGAAGAGAACCAACGGAUUAAAGCUAUGGAAUACAUUCAAGAGCAACGCCUCCACUACUCUGAUUUGUUCUUUGAGAGGGAGAAGCUAAGAUCGAAGGCACAUGGGAAUUCAAGAAAGGCAGCACAUUAG